AUGAAAAAUAAAAAUAAAAAUAAAAAUAAAAAUGGAAAUGAAAAGAUAGAAUUGAAUAGUGAACCAAGUAAGUCCAAAAAAGAAAGCCUGGGAAAUGGGUCAAAUGGUGUUGGUAAUAGAAAUCGAGUUGAUACAUCAAAAAAUAGCGACAAUAGUCUACUGAUUUCAUUAGAUACAGAUGAGAAUUUAAAAAUUGUUGAAUCAAAGGAGCCUCCAAAAAUUCCUGAUGCGUUUAAAAAUAUUUUAGUGGAACAUCAACAUUCUAAGGGACCACAUUUAAGUCCAAGUUUAUUAACAAAGCUUUGGACAAAAUUGGUGGUUGAAUAUAAACCGAAUAAUGAGAUUUUGCAAAAGACAAUAUGGGUAGAGUAUUUUUCUGAUGAUUUUCUUGAUGAUUUUGCGAUUGAUUCUUUAGAUGCUUCUAGUCAUGAAGAAAUAAAGAAACAAAAAAAGCGUACGAGAAUUCAUGACCCCAAAAUAUUUUUUAAGGCUGUUUGUUUAAGUAUUCGAGGUGUUCAAUUGUUCACGUAUCCAGGUGUUGAGAAUAAUAAAGUAUAUGUUAUUAGAAAUAUAUCAUUUCGAGAAAAGGUUGUGAGUGAAGGGGAGUUCCGAGAGUUAUUAGCAGAGAUAAUACAAGAGGCAAAUAAAGAGAACUAUUCGAAUAAAAUAAGUGAUAUUGAAGAAUCUUCUGAUCGUGGGUAUUUUUCUAUAUACACACCCAAUUUCAAUACCAACAACAGCAGUGAUGAGUUGGAAAAAGAUAAAGUGGUAAAUGGUGGUAAUGAGUCAAUGAAAGAAAAAUGA